UGUUGAUUAUAAUGUUUAUGAAUGUUUUUGUUUCAAUCAUUCAUCGUUUUAUCGUGAUGGUGGUGAUAAUGAACCAGUGGUAACAACGAUUAAAAAAUUGAAUGCAAAAAAAUCAAAUUUUUCCAUAGAUGUCAAAGUUGCAACGAAAUCACCUAUUCAUUAUUUCAAGAAACAAUCAAACUCCAUUGAAAUGGGAAAACUUUUUCGAUUCGAUGUUUAUGAUAAAGAAUUUUCCGAAAUUCGUAUUACUGCAUUCAAUGAAGACUGUGAUCGUUUUUUUAAUCUUAUUCAGAUUGAUCAAUGUUAUCGUAUUUGCUAUGGUCAUGUUAAACACUCAAAUCAUCGAUAUUCAACUCUUUCGAAUGCAUAUGAAAUUCACACGACAAAUUCUACUAUCAUCGAACCAUUAAAAGUUUCUCCAUUUGGACCUCGAAAAAUAAUUUAUAAUUUCAUCCCUUUUUCAUCUUUGCUUAACAACAAUUCAUCGAAUACUGUCAUUGAUUGUAUUGGUAUUAUUGAUUCAAUCAAUCCAGUUCGAAAAGUUUAUAGCAGUUAUGUUGGCCAUCAAGUUUCUCUACGAAAUAUUUCUAUUUUCGAUUAUUCACAGACAAAUAUUCAAAUUGCUAUUUGGCAAAAGAUGGCCGAUGAUUUUUGUGGAGAAUCAGGACAAAUCAUUGCAUUAAAAAAUGUAAAAAUAUGUUCAUUUAAUGGACUGUCAUUAUCAUGUACAUCGAUGACAACCAUUACAAUUGAUCCGGAUAUACCGGAAGCAAUACAAUUACGAAAUUGGUAUCAUACAAACAAUAGUACGCUUAUUCAAAAUGUUAAACUUUUUUACAUUGAACAAAUCAAAGAGACAUCGAAUUUUAAAAAAACUUUUGAUUGUUUAGCAACCAUUGUAUCAACAUCAUUCAAACAUCAUCCAGCAUAUCGAAUGUGUCCGAAUGGUGAACAAUGUAAACGAAAAUUAUCGACUACUGGUGAAGGUGAAUUAUUUUGUGGAUAUUGUGGAUGGUUAGAAUCAUCAAGUUUAAUUCAUUAUAAAUGGGGUCUUCGUUCACAAUUUCAAAUAAACGAUAUGACCGGUUCAAUUUGGAUAAUUGUUUUUGGCGAUCAAACCGAAAAAUUAAUUGGAAAAACAGCCGAAGAAAUUUCUCAAAUGACAUUACAAACAUGGUUAAAUCUAUUUUAUUCGACAAUAUGGAUGCAACAAUAUGUAUUCACUAUAGAGAAAUCGAUUUAUCAAUCCAAAAAUUGUUAUAAUAUAAUUGCAAUCAAUCGAAUCGAUACAAAAAUGUUGAUACAACAGAUACGAAAAUUGGAAUGAGCCAAAAAAAAAAA